CGUGCGCGGGUUCGGGAAUGUGGCAAGCGAGCAGCAGAGGGUGGCCCCUGGUGCCAGGGAGGACGGGGGUGGCACGGAGCCGAGCGGAGCAACGGAUGAGCAGCGGUCCCGGUCCAUGUCCUUUUUCUCUCCGUUAGACAGUCGUACACAAUGGGAGGUGCGGAGACAAUGGCACCGGCGAUUUCCUAACGCAGCACGGAAUCUGGGAAUCCUGCUGCCGGUUUUGUAUUUGGACGCAUAUAUUUUAUUAUCCAGCGAUCAAUAAUCGACUCCUUUACAUGUUUUUUUGUUUUUUUUUCUUGCAUACGACUUAGUGCAAACACCAGAUGUAAAUGAUGUUCAAGUAUCACAUCCGCAUGGUUUGCAAUGACCUGAAGGUGCUGGUUUUGAUGAGAUCUUUCGCGAUGCAGAGGAGCGAGCAGGAUUUGGAGACGGGCCGGAGAAGGGGAGGAGGGGGGGGAGGAGGAGAAGAAGAGGGAGGGGGAGCAGGAGGAGGAGGACGGCUGGCCAGAUCGGGAUGCGGCUGGCCUCCCUUCCCCAAUUGCUCGUCCCGGGCCGACGAGGAUUGUUACGGGUCGAACGGUGCCGGGGCUGGAGGAGGAUACGACGACAAGGAGAGGAAUGGUGCGCUCCAAACCGGCAUGGACUCCGUGUCCCUGAGCAGCAGCGAGAGUGGGAUGAGGAGCCCUCUGUGCAGAAUCUGUUUCCAGGGACCAGACCAGGGUGAUCUGCUGAGCCCCUGUCGCUGUGAUGGCUCCGUGCGUUGCACCCACCAGCCGUGCCUAAUCCGCUGGAUCAGCGAGCGAGGCUCCUGGAGCUGCGAGCUUUGCUACUUUAAGUACCAAGUCCUGGCCAUCAGCACCAAGAAUCCCCUGCAGUGGCAGGCAAUCUCCCUCACAGUGAUUGAAAAGGUACAGAUAGCCGCAAUCAUCCUUGGCUCCCUCUUCCUAAUUGCUAGCAUCUCCUGGUUAAUUUGGUCCUCCCUCAGUCCGUCGGCUAAGUGGCAGAGACAGGACCUGCUCUUCCAGAUCUGUUACGGGAUGUAUGGCUUCAUGGAUGUCGUCUGUAUAGGCCUCAUCAUUCAUGAGGGAUCGUCUGUGUACCGAAUCUUUAAGCGCUGGCAGGCUGUGAAUCAACAGUGGAAGGUACUGAACUAUGAAAAAUCCAAGGACCUUGGCGAAGCCAUUAAUGGGACAAGCAAGAUAGGGGGAAGAAAUUCACGGACGAACCACUCGUCAAACAAUGACAGGAGUUCCAAUCAGCGCACUGGAACCAUUUUGAAUCAUCACUGUGGAUAUACCAUCCUGCACAUUCUCAGCUAUCUGAGACCAAGCAACCAUCAGAACAGUAACAGCGCAAACAGAGAGCUGGUCAUGCGAGUUACAACUGUCUGAGGCUAAAUAAGAGAGACCACUCACUGAACCUCAUUUAAAACAAAAAACUUUAAAGUAUAUGCGACAAAGAAGUACUGCUGGGGCUGUGAGAGUGAGUUAAACUGGAGGCUCAGAAAUGGCAACAACAGUGCAAUGGGCCAUACUGGGCCACAAUCUCUACGCCUGGA